UGACUUCACUGAAUGAAGCUGUUCUCCCGGAUUCCAAUCAAACAAUUCCCAGAGCUCCUGCCCUCACCAGGAACCGACUUCAAAAUGAGAGUUAAUCCAGGAGCCGCUCCGGAUUAACUGGAGAAAUUCCAGCCAGAGCUGCUCCAUCCUGGACAGCUAUUUCCCGGGAAGACCGCCGCACACGUUUACAACAUUCCAGAGAGAGAGAAAAAAAAUCCCAGCGACGGGAGGGGUGUGUGUGUGUGAGAGGCGAGUUAGACAGCACUCUGUUCGCCAGAGACAGUAAUUCCAGCCCCCGAGCAACUUGCUCCAGGUCCGUUUCACACACACACUCUCUCUCUUUUUCCUCCAGAUCACUUUCACACUCCGUCUAUCUCUCUCUCUCCCCUCUUCCAGGCCAGUUUCCUGCUCUCGCUCUCUCCUGCUCUGACGAUGAGCACCCCUCUGCUCCCCGGCCUGUGUCUCCUGUUCUCUCUAGUUCUGUGUGAACCCGGCCCCCUCUCUGAUGUUCUGGUUAACAGAUACUUCAUCCCGGCCGUGUGCCCCCGGGAGGUUCAAAGCGGGGAUUUUAUCCGUUACCACUACAACGGCACGUUCGCGGACGGGAAGAAGUUCGAUUCCAGUUAUGACCGCAGCAGCACCUUCAAUGUCGAAGUGGGAAAGGGUCGCCUCAUCCCAGGAAUGGAUAAAGCCGUCCUUGGAAUGUGUGUCAAUGAGAGGCGACGUAUUGUCAUUCCUCCCCACCUUGGAUACGGUAGCCAAGGAGUCGAUAAUGUCAUCCCUCCUGACACCACUCUCUACUUUGACGUCAUUCUCCAUGAUAUCUGGAACCAUAAUGACAAGGUGCAGAUAAAGACUUUGUACAAACCCACGGUUUGCAACCGCACGGUGCAGAGCUCCGACUACGUCCGAUAUCAUUACAAUGGCACGCUGCUCAAUGGGACACUCUUUGAUUCAAGCCACAAUCGGAUGAAGACGUAUGACACGUAUGUGGGUAUCGGCUGGUUGAUCAAGGGGAUGGAUGAAGGGCUCCUGGGGAUGUGUGUAGGAGAGAGGCGAAUCAUCAUCAUCCCUCCAUUCCUGGCCUAUGGAGAGACUGGGUACGGCAGUGACAUUCCCCCACAGGCCAGUCUGGUAUUCGAUACACUGCUGCUGGAUCUGCACAACCCGAAUGACACUAUCUCCAUAGAGAAGUUGGUCAGCCCAGAUUCCUGCACUCGCCAAAUCGAGACUGGAGACUUCAUCCGCUAUCACUACAACGGCAGCCUGUUGGAUGGAACCUUCUUUGACUCUAGUUACUCACGGAAUCAUACAUACGACACCUAUAUUGGAAUGGGUUAUGUCAUUUCUGGGAUAGAACAAGGUUUACUGGGAGCGUGUAUGGGAGAGAUACGUCGAGUUGUUAUCCCCCCACACCUGGCUUAUGGACAGGAUGGUGUUGCCAAUAAGAUUCCGCCUUCCGCUGUGCUGGUCUUCGAUGUUCACAUCAUCGAUUUUCACAAUCCAAAGGACAAAGUGCAAAUCCAACCUUACUUCAAGCCAGAUGCCUGUAACAGGACAUCGCAGAUCAAUGACUACGUGACUUAUCACUACAAUGCUUCCCUCGUGGACGGUACCCAACUCUACACCUCCCGUGAGCUUGACACUCCUCCAACUUUUAUCCUGGGUUCUUCGAAAACGAUUGAAGGAUUGAGUCAAGGCUUGUUUGACAUGUGUAUUGGAGAGAAACGGAUUUUGACAAUACCACCACAUCUUGGUCAUGGCGAGAUGGGAGCUGGAGAUGUACCUGGCAGUGCAGUGCUGCUGUUUGAUGUUGAACUGCUGGACUCGAAGCCAGGGCUCCCAGAGGGUUACCUGUUUGUCUGGACUGGUAAACCUCCAGCUAAGCUCCACGAGGAGCUUGAUAGUAACCAGGACGGAGAGAUCCUAUUUGAAGAGUUUUCUCGUUACAUCAAGGCACAGGUUGAUCAAGGUACAGGUCGUCUCUCACCAAUCGAUGAUCCUGAAAAACUAAUCAAGGACAUGUUUGGAAAUCAGGACCGCAACAAAGAUGGGAAGAUCACUCCAGAUGAGCUCAAAUUGAAGACUGAUGAGGACAACGAACGGAUUGUGAAAGACGAGCUAUGAAUAUUUUACAUGUUUAAAAAAAAACUUUCCAUUGUUUCCCAAAGCAGGCACCCUGUAAACAUAACAUUGGAAAAGGUGUUCAACUUUCUGUUCUGUUUACUAAUUUGGCUUCAUGGUCCCAUUUGCAAUUUUUGUUUUACCUUGUCUCUCUUUGCUGUUGCUUAUUUUGACUUUCUUCUUGUAAGGUUGUCCCCUCCAUAUAGUCGGCUCAGGAUUAGUGGUGUGAGAAUUGAUUGUCCUGCUUUCUACAUGAGGCUUGGGGACACUAAUCAAUGCUUACGCCUGAAUUAAUAACUCUGGGUUGUGUGGGUGUGCACUUGUGUGCCAGGUACUCAGGAUUGAGUUCAAGGUAACAUGGCCAAAAACUGACCUGGCAGCUCACUGUAAAUCUCAGAUUCUUAAUUGGAGAGGUCCAACAAACAUCCACAACCUGCUGUAGAAGCAGAGUUCUUAGUACUGUGUAGAAACAGUGAUUUUGGGAAAGUACCCUUCCCCAGAUACUGAGGUCUGGUGUGACUCUCCAGUUUUCACAGCAGUAAUCACAAAACUGCUCAAAUUCGGGGAAUGAGCCACAUAAGGAGGUGCCUUUAAUGCUUUGGGAGAACUGUUUCUGUCCAGGACACACACAACCUUGCUUGAGGUCUCUUGUUCCCUCGAUCCUGUCCUGACUGAGUUCAGUGGCUUCCAUCCACUGUGUUUAUAGGAUGGGGAUAGUUGCUUGAGGCUAUGCCUGGACUUAUACCCAUCCUUGACUUCAGUUUUUAUUAAGCUCCAGGAUUCCUAUUCAGGUUAUUUCUCAUCCUUUUUUUUGUAUGUUUUUGAUUUUGCAUUGAGUGGAUUUUAUGAAAAGUGUCUCUCAAGUGAAGCUGUGGUCCCUGAUCUCAAAUGGAAGCCUUUGUAUAAAAGGAAGUGGAGAAUUUCCACACCAUUUGAGAAAGGAUAACUAAAUGGAUUUCUUGUAUAAAAA